CUACAACUGUAUCCAUUGCAUGGAUGCUCUAGCCAUGGAUAAGAUUUCCAUCAUACUUGUCUUGCUCGCCUCUUCCUACGGUGCUGUCCUGCAAGGACAUGCUAGACCCGUCUUGUCGUCAGACAAUGCCUUGUUACAACGCAAUGACGACGAGACUGCCUCUGUUGGCGCCACCCGCAAUUUCACAUACCUAUUCGAGGUGCAGACGGGGGACAUGAGGUUGGCCGGCACGGACUCUCAGCUUACCUUCACAUUCUCAGAUACAGAUUCCAACAGCUUCGAACUCGUGUACGAUGGCAACGGAGAGAUUUACCAGCAGUUUUUCGAGAGAGGUCAGUACAACUAUGACGAGUUCACCAAGGAUAUAUUCAUGAAACCCUGCCGCCUCAAGAUCAAGACCGAUGGCCGGGGUGCCGCCCCGUCAUGGUACUGUGAGUGGGUCAAGAUCUCGGUCUGGGGGCAAAGAUUUGAGGACCACUACGAGCACAGGUUCAUUGUGCAGCAUUGGAUUGGCCCUAAUGAUCCGGAUCCAAGUGAGUUAACCGUUAACGACUGCAACAAAGCUUCGAUGGCAUCUGCGAAGAAGAAUAUGCCAUCGUCCUUCUCUAUAAUCUAAGCCUGGCAGCCACGGCGCAUAUAUGUGAUCAUGCACGCCUUCUCUCUCUAUGUAUAAUAUAUGCACCACCGUAUGGAAUAACAACGAUCAAUGUAUCGUUGCUACCUAUUGUGAUGUGCCCUUCAUGUAAUAAGAAAAAUAAUAUUUGUUGUACCGUUAAAACGUCUA